AUGUCUUUUGUAAAUUAUACUUUUUACCACCUUAAAAAUAAAGAACCAGUUGGAUUGAAUAGUAAGAUCGUUCAAGAACAUCUACUUAAAUCGUAAGUAAAAAUAUAUUGUAGAUAGGUAUCAUAUUGUAUCAAUAGGUUUUUAAUAUUUAUGAUUGACAACCAUCAGAAUUUGAUUUAUUAAGUAAUUUUUUUUUUGCAACCAUAAAAUUAUUGAACAUAUAUCUUCUAUCUGUAUUAAUAUAAAAUGAAGCUAUCAACAGACAAAUAUAACAGUUUAUACAGUGUCUUAUAGUGGUAAACUUAUGCUAAUAACUAUCAAUAUUUUUUUUUCAAUCAGAAUUUGUGCGAGAGGGAUAUAUAUAUUCUCCACUAUGUAGAGAAAAAUUUAAUUUUUAUUUUCAUCCCUUCAUCACUGAAAAAAAUAACUUAUUUUUCCGAAUGGCCAUUAUUCUGAAAAUAUUCAUAUUCUAUUAAGUUUUUUAGUCAUAGCCAUUAUUCUAGGUAUAGCAAAAAGCUGUGAAACUGUUAUCAUUUGGCUAUUACAAGCAAAGAAUUACUAUUUUAAAAAGUAAACUGCUAGACAAUAAUGAUUAAUUGUGAUAGGGACAGUGGUGGAAACAUGGAUUUUUUUUUUAAUAUUAUGCACGAGCAAAGAUGUGAGGGAUAACUAAUUAUAAAUAAAAUAAUUAUUUACCAUGGAUAUGGAUAUGGUUUUUUUCUAUAUAUAUGAAUUUUAAUAUUAAAUAUAUUCUCAUAAAACAAUUUAUUUUUAGAACUCGUUUAUUAUAUGAACCAUUUUAUAUGGUGUUUUGGUCUGCUUUGGCUAUCUACAGGUUCUUACACCAAUUGCAAUGGAUUAAGAGCAAGACAAAUUUGAAUGUGGUUAGCUUUAAUAUUAAAGCAAAUUGACCAAAUUUAAAGACAAGAGUAUUAUUAGUCCCCUAGCAUUGUUGUUUUAAUUUUUAAGCAAAAACGAAGUAUGAAAUAUCAUAAUUUAAUAAUUAUUAAAUUUUGCUUAAAAAUUAAAGUACCAAAAAGGGGUACAGAUUAUAUUCUAAAUUUGGUAAUGGAUAAAUUCACUUUAGUAUUAAAACUAAUGUUACAAAAUUUGACCUACUAAACACAAAUUUGCUAUAUUAUAUAUUAUAUUAUAUUAUAUUAAUAUUUGUUGUAAGUUGUUAAGGAGAUAAUAGAUGCUGGUGUGGCGUCCUCAUAACUGUAUUCAAGAGAAAUUGUAGUGCAGCUACAUCCCUAUAGGUAGUAACUACUACAGUGUAUAAUAUAUAUAUAUAUAUACUGUGUAUUGUAAAAGAUUUUUUUCCAUUUUAAAUUGUGUUUGGCUAACAAUAUAUGCAAUAUAAAUAGUAUCUGUAUUUUGUUAAAGGUCAAUGAAAAAAUGUGUACACAUAAACUAUUAUGCAUUUAAUCAAGAGUUUGUACAAGAUGACAUUAAACAGUUUGCAUUGGUUUGAUAUAAUAUUUUUCAAAAAUAAAUACCUAUAUUUCAAAUUUAUAAACAUAUUAACUUUUGAAUGUUUAAAGGAUUUCUUUCGAGAUUACAAUGUUGCAAUAACCUUACAAACAAGUUCAAGUGGAUUUGUUGGUAAGUAUUUAUUUAAAUCUAUAUUUUAAUCUAACCGGCAAUCUACAAAAUGGUGUAAUUAACUAAAAUUAUUAUGCAGCAUAGGAAUGUUUACUUAAAUACUAAUUGUUUCAUUGUACAAAAUAAUUUUUACCUAGUUAAAUUUAUAUUUUAAAUAGGGCAAAAUGUAUUCAAAGUACUGGUUGAAGAAAUUCCAUGUACCAUCACAUCUAUGACAUUCUUUGAUAAACUUUUAGAUCCAAAUAAUAAUAUCGUAUGCAGCACAACUGACAAGGAUGGUAACCAUACCAUACGACAAUGUAUGGAAGUGUACAAAAAUGGCUUAUACAUGAAUAAUAAUUUGAAAAUGGUUAAUUCAGUUUUUUAUUGCUUAUCUGAUUAUCAGUGGACCAUGAUUAAAAAAUAAAGUUUUUUUUGGUUUUAUACUAAUAGUUUCACUAAAAUAUGAAAUAAAAUAUCUAGUAUAAAACUCAAAAAUAAACUCAAGAGCACUAGACUAUUAGUAAUAUUAGCACUAUUACUAUUGAUUUUUUAAUAAUAUAUCAAUUUGUUAGGUACAUAUAUAUAUUAAAUAUAAAAUAAUAAAAACAAUUAAAUGAAAGUAUGCUUUUACUUAAUAUUUCACUUGAUAUUUAAUAUCUAUAAGUGCAAUACUUAUGAGCUCUUGUAUUUUUUAUAAUAAACAUUUACAAAUAACCUAACAUACGAUUAAUUAAUAUGUUUAGAUGUUGUUUGAAGGCGAAUGCAGUGAAUAUUUUUUAUAUGAAGAAGAUGAGCGCGCAGAGUUUGUGUUUAGACUACUCCAACAUUUUGUAAUUGGUGGGCAAUGGUGUCAAGAUGACAUAGUGAUUGAACCAUAUUUGAAUGCAACAAAAUAUGUUUACAAAGAUCUACUCACGUUAGAGAAAUACAUAAUAUUAAUAAAUAACUUAUAUGUAUAUUUUAAAAAAUGUUUAAUCAAAUAUUAAUAUUUCAGUGUGGAAAAGUCUACUAGUUCUAAGAUACAAAUCUCGUCCAAGAUUUACAAAGUCACAGCUUUUGACUCGAAUGAUACUGUUUUAUUUCCCAAAGAAAAUAUAAAAUCUGUACCAUUUAGUUUUGCUUAUAUAGCUGUAAAUCAAAACACACGGACUGUUGUAUUGUUAUUUCAUAAUGUCGGAGAUAAAAUUUAUACUUGAAUUAUAAAUUCACAUAAUACCAACUUUUACCAAUUUGUUUAUAAUUUGAUUUAAAUGACUGAGUUUUAAAAUUCAAAUAUUAUUUACUUUUUGAUAAAUGUUCACUAAAUACAUUGCUUAUAAUGACUUAAUCUGUAGUAUUUUCUUAGUAUAAACUAUUAUAACUAAGUCACUAUGAAUUUUACAAAUUUAAAAUAAAAUAUUACUAUUACUAAUUGUAAUUAUAUUCAAUAUAUAAUAUGGUAAAUCUUAUUAUAUUGUUUUAAAGAAUAAAUAUUAUUUCUAUUCUUAGAUAACUGGUAAGUUGACACUUAUAUUUAAAUAUGACUAUAUCUAUAUAAAUAUUAACUGUUUAAGCCAAUAGAAUUAUUCUAAUUGAUUUCUUAAUGUAUCCAUUAUAAUAAAUUGAAUAUUAAUGAUAUUACUUAAAUGUUUUUUAGUACAUAGUUAAAAAUACAUCAAUUAACUAUUAAUAAACUAAUUUUAUAUUAUAUAAGUAAAAGUUCUACUAUUCGUUAAAUUAAUUAAUUAAUUUAAAAAUCUACAAAACUACUGUUUUGUAUAAAGGUAUUACAUGUCAUUCACAAAUUAGACAAGCUAUAAAAAUUAAAUUUUAUAUUUUUAUGAGAUAGUACUUAAUGCAACUACACCAAAAAGAAAAAAAUAACUAAACUUUUUUUACUUUAAAAUUUAAUAAAUAUGUAAAAAUGAAUCGAAUCAAUAACAAAUUGAUUCAAGAUUUCUUUUUUGUUUAAAUAGUGGGAAAAAAAAAUUAUUUAAAGCAAAUGCAUACAUUUUAAAAUACAUAAUACACAAAUGUAUAAUAAACUUAAGUCAAUAGUUUCUAAUAAAAUAAAUAACAGAAUACAGAACGUAUCAAAAGAUCAACUAUUAUUUUUUACUUAAUUGAUUUUUCUAUCUUUUGUAUAAUAAAACAAAACAUGUAUUUUAAACAAGAACUAUGUAGUUAUACAAAUACUUUACUAUGAUCAAUUUUGAGACCAACAUUUCAUAUUCAUUUUUAUUAUAUGUAUUGAAACAUAGCGUAAUAACAUAUUACUGUCUAACUUGUGGCUGAUAUUGUUGGUGAUCCUCGUUAUCCACCAAAAAAGUGAGAAUAGCAGUGAAAAUAAAAAUACCAGUCAAUAUCCCUAAUGUACCGGUAGAUGUAUAUGAGAACAAUGUGUAAAAGUGAAUUCUCGCGUACCAAAGUAAAGAUAUUAUCACUGUUAUUAAAGCAGAUAAUAAUGUUGCCAAAUUCCAUUCGCGUUGAACAGGUCCAGGUUGACGUUGACGAUGACGCCGUCGUAUUAUAUUUGGUAAUAAUGUUGGUGGGUGAUCAAUAAUAUCGUCUUCCACAGAGUCAUCGGUUUGCUGAGCAUUUGUGGUAGGGCGUGGCUGAUGUAUAAGACAGUGCACAACACAGUUAUCAUGAAGUCCAUAACUACUCAGUGUUGCUUCAUCAUCAUGUAAUACUUUUCCUUGAAAUAUUAAACGAAUAAUUUUAUCUGAUGAUAACUCAUUGCUAAAGUGUCUCCUAAAACAAUUAUAACAUAAUUGAUUUUAAUUUGUGUACAUCGUAACAG